UUACCGAUGAGCAAGCUGAGGCUCUGAGAAAGUUGUCCGAGAUUAGAGAGCUAGUAAGAGGCAAGGCCAGGAUUAUAGUUAGGUUUUUUGUUUUUUGUUUUUUUUACUCCAGGGCCCAUGUUCUAAAUAAGAUGUGGAAGCUAUUCAGAUGUUGCUAUGUCCUACAGAUAUUCUUUGAGCGGCGACUAUGGCAUUAUGCUGGGCACUAGGGUACAUAGAAAAAUACAUGUGAUCCUGUCUUUCAGAAGUCUAGUAGAGAAAGAUGGACCGGUAGAGGAGUAUAAUGAAGUUUUAUAGGUAUUGUGAGAAUACUCUGUUGAUGCUAAUCAUCAGAUUGGAUUUGCCUGGGGACAGUUGUGAAAGCCACACAUUCUGGUUCACAUCCAGCCCUCCAUUCUGUGAGGGAAAGAGUAGGUACUCUAAAGGAGCAAGCCACCAUCCUUCUGCCUUUCUAAGAAAUCGCCAGGGGAGAAACUACACCGUGCACAAAGAGAGAUAGGGAUAUGGAUUGUGAGAGCUAUUUUGGAAUAUUUUCCAAAUCCUUUCCAGUUAGUGGUUUUGCAGUUUUGAGCCUCUGUUGGUGUUUCUGGUGUCUGUCCUCCUUCGCUUCCUAGGACUUGUCAGAAGAAUUUCAGAGGUGGUAGACACGGUGCCUGCUGCAUGAUGUCUGCUGAUGGCUCCUGCAGAUGUGUCCCCUUUGGGGUGGUCUGACCAUGCUUCUGAUGAAAAAUUAAUUUUUUGGUUCUUGACAUCUGAACCUGAAUACGUGACCACGAAUGAGUGUCGACCCAGUCAGCGGCCAGGCCAUGGAGUUCUCUGAUGUCACCCUCAUUGAGGGUGUGGGUAAUGAGGUGACUGUGGUGGCAGGUGUGGUGGUGCUGAUUCUAGCCUUGGUCCUAGCUUGGCUCUCUACCUACGUAGCAGACAGCGGUAGCAACCAGCUCCUGGGCACCAUUGUGUCAGCUGGAGACACAUCCGUUCUCCACCUGGGGCAUGUGGACCAUCUAGUGGCAGGCCAAGGCACCCCAGAGCCAACCGAACUCCCCCAUCCAUCAGAGGGUAAUGAUGAGAAGGCUGAAGAGGCUGGCGAAAGUGGGGGAGACUCCACAGGGGAGCCUGGAGCUGGGGGCGGUGUUGAGCCAAGCCUCGAGCAUCUGCUUGACAUCCAAGGCCUUCCCAAAAGACACGCAGGCCCGGAAAGCAGCAGUCCAGAGGCCCCUCUGAGAUCUGAGAAUAGCGGCUGCCUCCCUCCCAGCCCCGGCCUCAUCAGUGUGCGGCUCAAAUUCCUCAAUGACACCGAGGAGCUGGCUGUGGCCAGGCCGGAGGAUACUGUGGGUGCCCUGAAGAGUAAAUACUUCCCUGGACAGGAGAGCCAGAUGAAACUCAUCUACCAGGGCCGUCUGCUGCAGGACCCAGCCCGCACACUGCGUUCCCUGAACAUUACCGACAACUGUGUGAUUCACUGCCACCGCUCACCCCCAGGGUCAGCUGUUCCAGGCCCUUCAGCCUCCCUGGCCCCCUCCUCGGCCACUGAACCCCCCAGCCUCGGCGUCAGUGUGGGCAGCCUCAUGGUGCCUGUGUUUGUGGUGCUGUUGGGUGUGGUCUGGUACUUCCGUAUCAAUUACCGCCAGUUCUUCACAGCACCUGCCACUGUCUCCCUGGUGGGGGUCACUGUCUUCUUCAGCUUCCUAGUAUUUGGGAUGUAUGGACGAUAAGGACAUAGGAAGAAAAUGAAAGGCAUGGUCUUCCUUCUUUAUGGCCUCCCCCCUUUCCUGGCCAGAGCUGGGCCCAAGGGCUUGGGAGGGAGGGGUGGAAAGGAUGUGGCAGGUCCUCCUCCAUAGGACAUAGGAGGCAGGUAAAGGGCCUCCCCUUCACAUCCACAAGGGUACAGACAGCCCAUCUCUGUGCAAGCACAACUCAGGUAGAAACAAGGAUGUCAUCUUCCUUCACUUGUAGGGUCCUAAAGUUCAGAGCUGAGCUGAUGGCCCAGCUCAGUGGGGAGCCUGGGCUCUGAGGAUUCCCUCCCAGCUGUGGCCCUAGCUCUUCCCAUUGUCCUGCAUGUCUGCUCCUCAGUACCCAGGGCUGCCUGCCAGGGCAGCUCAGCAUGGCCCCAGCAUACUUCUGUAGGGAGCCUGGAGUAUUUUUCUGUUUCUUAAGGGAAUAUCUGUCUUUUGAGACUGAAGUCACACAGCAGGAAUGAAGGUCGUGUCCGCUUCCCUUACAGGCACCUAGCCGCCUCUUACCUUCUCUCUCCGCCCCUGUAGCAGGAAUAGGGUGUUCUCUGUGUUCUGGAUACUUUCCAGUGUUCUCCCCUUUUUUUCAAAGCACUUUGCUUUUUUUUUUUUUUUUUUUUAAAUAGUCCUUUAUAGAGCUCAGUCAGAAAGGGGAUUGGGGCACAAAGCCAAGCCCCCAGCAUUGGGAGAGGCCAAGCCACAGCUGCUGCUACCCUAGGCCUAAGGCUGUAAGCAAGAGAGAGCUCUGGCCCUCAGCCAGUGUCCUACCCUGCCCAGCUCCAAGGACGAGCUCUGGGUAUGGAGCCUUGGGCCCCAGGCCCUUGCUUCUGGGCUUCUCAGAUGGAGGGUCAGUGUCUGUGACUAAAUAAAGUUCCGUUUUGUGGCUGUGGA